AAAGCUUCAGGUCAUGCACUCACUGAAAGAAGUUGCGUGCUUCUCUCGUGUCCCUACAGGCAGACCCCCACCCCGGUCCUUAUUCCACCUCCUCCACCACCACCACCCCUCCCCACAAACCCUCCCCCCUCCUUCUCAUUUCAUCUGUGAUUCCAGCUGAAGUACGCUGAGCAUGAACCAGGGCGGCUAAUAUCGACUCAGGUUGCCGCUGCAAGGUACAUGUCGCUUAGUAAAGUGCUGGCCGAUCGCAAGUUGCCGUGUGAUCACAGUCGAAAGGCCGAGGGAAAGGUAGAGAGGCAGAGGGCUCUGACUGUGGCUUCAUGGUGGUGUCUAUAACGUUCUCCUUCUCGGUGGGCUGGAUUCGGGAACUGACACUAUCACCUGGGCAAUAUCACCAUGACUGCCACUGCCUGUGUUCUCGGUCUGAUUGGCCAGUGACAUCCAAUGGCACUGGAGCAAGCUACACAACAGAUAGCUGGUGGUUGUUAUGGGCAAGUCUGAAAGCCAAAUGGAUAUAGUUGAAAGGAACCCGCAAAAAACGAAGAAGUCGUGGAAAUCGUGGAGCUCUCUGGAGGUCGGCUUGACUACCAUUGUGGUUUUAUUGAUUAUUGUAGUGAUUGCUUUGAUCGCUUUAUAUGCAACACGCAAGGAUAAAACAUGUACCACUCCAUCGUGUGUAUCCGCAGCUGCCCGUAUCAUGGCGAAUAUGGACCAAGCUGCAGAUCCUUGCAACAAUUUUUAUCAGUAUGCCUGUGGGGGAUGGUUGCAGAAGCAUGUCAUCCCUGAAACCAGCUCCCGAUACAGUACUUUUGACAUUCUGAGAGAUGAAUUGGAAGUCAUCUUGAAAGAUGUCCUUGAGAAGCCAGACAAUGGAGAUCCUGACGCAAUUAAGAAAGCAAAGACACUGUAUAAAUCGUGCACAAAUCAAACUGCCAUUGAAAGCAAAGGUGGGAAACCACUAAUUAACAUGCUGACCGGUGUACUUGAUUGGCCAGUCGCAACAGACAACUGGGAUGAGAAUUAUGGUAAAGACUGGACACUUGAGACAGUCAUUGCAAAUUUAACAGCCAGAUUUGGAAAGCGUGUCAUCAUAGACUUUUUUGUUGGGACAGAUGACAAAAACUCCAAUGUUUACAUAAUCCAUAUCGAUCAACCCAGCCUAGGCCUGCCUUCCCGGGAUUAUUUUGAAUGCACUGGUGCUUAUAAGGAGGCAUGUGAUGCCUACUCCAAGUUUAUGAGUAAUGUGGCAACGUUGGUUCGUAAGGACAAAGGAUUAACCAUAAAUAGCUCUCAAAUUGAGGAUGAUAUGAAUAUGGUUCUGGAGUUCGAGAAGGAGUUAGCUAAUGCAACAACCAAAUCUGUGGACAGAACUGAUCCCAAUCAACUCUACCACAAAAUGACUUUGCAAAAUGUGACCGUGAACUUCCCUAUCACAGUUGAUGCUAAGCAAUUCAACUGGAAGAAAUUCACCAACAAAAUUCUCUCGACUGUGAGUUUGAAUGUGACAGAAAAUGAGCCAGUUGUUGUUUAUGCACCAGAGUAUCUUCAGAAGCUAGCACCUAUUCUCAGUAAAUAUAAGCCGAGGGACCUUCAAAACUACAUUAUUUGGAGGCAGGUGAUGGAUCUUGUGGGUAGUCUGAGCUCUGCCUACAAGGAGACAAGAGCAGCAUUCCGGAAGGCUCUUUAUGGCACAACGUCAGAGAAUGCAGUGUGGAGAAAGUGCGCAAACUAUGUCAACAGCAACAUGGACAAGGCUGUAGGACGGCUAUACGUGGACGAAGCUUUUGCUGGGGAGAGCAAGAAAAUGGUUGAAGAACUGAUUGAGCAGAUUCGAGAAGUUUUCGUACAGAAUUUGCAUGAGCUCAGUUGGAUGGACGAGGAGACCAAAAAGAAAGCAGAAGAAAAGGCUAGAGCUAUCAGACAGAGAAUCGGAUAUCCACCUGACAUCAAAGACAAUGCCAAACUGAACGCUGAGUAUGAAAUGUUGAAUUUCAGCGUCGAUGAAUAUUUCACGAACAUUCUUAAAAAUAUGCAAAUGGGACAAAAGAAGAAUCUGAAAAAACUAAGACAAAAGGUUAACAAGGAAGUGUGGAUUUCUGGAGCUGCAGUAGUAAAUGCCUUCUAUUCUUCCAGCAGAAACCAAAUAGUUUUCCCAGCAGGCAUUCUUCAGCCACCUUUCUUUGAAAAAGGACAGCCAAGUGCAUUGAACUUUGGUGCUAUUGGCAUGGUCAUUGGCCAUGAAAUCACUCACGGAUUCGAUGACAAUGGUCGUAACUUUGAUAAGGAAGGAAACCUCAUGGACUGGUGGACUAAGCAAUCAGCCCGGAAUUUUAAAGAGCUCUCACAAUGCAUGGUGUAUGAAUAUGGCAACUUUUCAUGGGAUCUGGCAGGCGGACAACAUCUCAGUGGCAUUAAUACGCUGGGAGAGAACAUUGCAGAUAAUGGAGGCAUCAGACAAGCCUACAAGGCUUAUCAAUUACAUGUGAAGAAAAGUGGGAAGGAUAGCCUACUCCCUGGGAUCGACCUGAAUGACAAUCAGCUCUUCUUCCUGAACUUUGCACAGGUGUGGUGUGGAAUAUACAGACCAGAGUAUGCUGUCAACUCCAUUAAGACUGAUGUGCACAGUCCAGGCAAAUUCAGAGUCUUAGGAUCUCUCCAGAAUUUUGAAGAAUUCAGCAAUGCUUUUCAUUGCACAAAGAAUGAAUACAUGAAUCCUGAAAAGAAAUGCCGCGUUUGGUAGCCACAAUGUUCCUGCUGUGCUUUAAACUGUGUAGAAUGUCUUCUUCCAGGAUUUGUAAAUGGAUGAAAUGCUGAGCUGGAAUGAAUCACUUUGUACUUUGUAAAAAGGAUAAAUCAAUGCUCAUUUUCUCUUUUUUUUGCUGAUACCUCAUAUCAAUCAAAUUACCCUAACUGCUAUCGCCCAACAAAUCAUUUGGCAAAAAAAAACUGAUUUGGUAAGUAUUGCAACUGCAUCAUAAGCCUCAGUUAUCUUAACCUCAUGGUUUCAGUUGCAUACAGUCCCAAUGAGAACUGAAGAGACAUACAUUCAAAAGCAAACCGCUGCAGAUGCUGGAAAUCUGAAAUCAAAACAGAAAUAUGCUGGAAAUAUUGGGCAGCGUCUAUGAAAAGAAAAACAGGAUUAAAAUUUCAGGCUGAUGACCUUUCAUCAGAAUAUUGACUGAGCUUGUGAGCUGUGUACAACUAACAUUACUAAAACCAUUGACUUAAAUAAGGUAAUGUGGAAGGUAAAGGGAAUGCAGUGAAAUGAUCAGUGUUUCAAACUUCUUGGAGGUUGUGAAUAACAGAUAGCAGGACUACUUAGUAACUGAUUAGCAGUGAAUGCAAAAUGAACAAGUCUAAAUUGAUUUGAGUCUCUCCUACCAACUAGAAAAAUCAAUCAAUUGCUGUGAGGAUUUUUUUAUAUGUAGAAAAGAGGGCAUUGUAGCAUAUUGAAAGGUAGAGGUAUUAACAGCAUUGACAUGAAUGAUUGGGAGGAGCUUGUUACCAACUGUUCAGUAUGGUGACAACUUUCCCUGAAGCUACAUCACACUUUGAGUCAUAAUGUCUCACUGGUAAAGCAGAGAAAUAAAGAAUUGGAAGUCAGAUCCCACUACCUCAUGGGACAUACUGCUCCAUGUGCCAAAGAUAAGCGGGUUACGAAUGAACUGCUCAGUCACCUAAAGACUCAUGUAGGCUCAGAAACUGACAGCUCUUGAGUAGACAAAUUUCUUUGUAUUGAGGGAUAGCAAACAAUGGAUUAUUGAAAUGCAGCUUCUGUUGUUAAUGUGGGAAAUUUGUCAAUUUGUUCAAAGCAAGUUCACAUAAAAGGCAAUGCAAUAAUUGCCAGUUUUUUAAAUUAAUAUUGGCAUGGAUUUAAAAGCAUGGGUUAUGAGAAACUACAAUCAAAUACUAAAUAGAAAAUACAGCAUUUAUUAGCCCUGACUGUUCUAUAUAAGUGAGACCACAGAUAUCCAAUUGUAAGUAUACUGUUGUUGACACACAUCUGUCCCCCUCAUAACAACAAAAUAAUAUAAACAUUCUGAUGAUAAGUCACAGCAAUAGUAUUUUGGCAGAUAUAACUACUUGAUCUUUUGUAUAUUAGGUGGGAGGUUAGAAUAAUGCACGACUAUUGGAAACUUCAUCCUAACAGUGAAACAUCUUAAAUGGUUGGAAGAUUGAUCAUGGAUUGUCUUUGUCCACAUUUCCAACCAAUUGAGGCCACCUAACAGACUAGAGAUUUGUAAGUUCAGCCCUGUAAUAUGAAAGUAUUUGAUUUCAGCCCUUUGAGUAGUAUGAAACAUUAUUUUAAAAGUACCCUUUCAAAACUCUGAAAUUAAAAAUAGGGUGAUCUGGACAAUGUUUUUUUUGAGAGAGCUUACGGUUUACCAUUGGUCAUGGAUUUCCUUACAUUCCAACAAUGACUGCGCUUCAAAAUACUCAAUAAGCUGUGAAGUGCUUUUUCAUGUCUUGGAAUCAUAGCAAGCACUAUAAUAAUGCACAUCUUUCCUAUUGAAUCCUUUGUUUGUUUACAUUGUGCCCCCAUUUAUACAUUUGAGCAGAAACUGGGAAAGUAAUUAUUUGUAGUAAAUAGUUGUUCUGGUUCAGAUAUGCUAAGAAACCAGAAUUUUCACUCCAUUAAGAAUUAUUUUAUGCAAAAAUUGCAUGGUUCCUGCCACACACGAUAAGUAUAAAAUUAUGGGCUUUCUCUUGGAUAUUACUUCAUAAGUCACAAUCUUUUCGUAAAGCCAUCCAUUGAGAAGCCAACCCUGUGUAACUUUUAAACUGAAAGCCCUCCAAUAUUUAAAGUUAAAUUUUGCAUCUGAACAACUCUUCCCAACUCUUGAAUAAAGCAUGUGUAUUUUGAAUCAGUUCAAAGUGGCUGCACUGGCAGGAAUGACCAAGAGGUCAGUGGCUGUACUUGCCCGAGCAGAGUCAGACAUUAAUGCCCUCUCUCCCUUCAAAUUUUGAUGUACUGCAGUGCUUAUUUCCAAACUGAUCCUACCUCCACUCUUCAAAAAUGCAACAACUGGCUGCUCUUCACAGACCAUGGUAUGAGAGUGAGUAACUCAUUUUUAAAAUCCAAAAACCUCUCCACCACCUGCAAGGUGCAAGUCAGGACUGAGAUGGUAUACUUCCCAAAUUCUGUGGAUGUGUGCAGCUCCAAAGAUAUUCAGGAAGCUCAACACCAUCCAGGAUAAAACAGCCAACUUGAUUGGCACCUGGUCCACUAUCUUCACUCUCUCCAGCACUGAGGUUCAGUAGCAGUGCCAUGUGCAAUCUAUAAGACGCACUACUGUAAUUCACCAAGGAUCCUCAAAUAGCACCUUCCAAACCCAUGACCACUACCAUCUAGAAUGAGAAAGGCAGCAAAUACACGGGAAUACUACCUCCUGCAAAUUCACCUCCAAACCACUCAUCAUCCUAACUUGGAAAUGUAUUGCCAUUCCUUCAGUGUUGUUGUUCAAAAUCCUGGAACUCCAUGCUUUACAGCAUUCUACUUGCAGUUCAAGAAGGCAGCUCACCACCACCUUUGCAGGGGCAUCUAGGGAUGGGCAAUAAAGGCUGGCACAGCCAGUGACACCUACAUUCCAUAGCUGAAGAAGAAAAAAAUGACUAACUAACCAAAAUGUGAACAGAACAGAACUUAAAAAAACAUAUAAAAGAAAAGAUAUGUAUCUGAAAUUUAAAGAAAACUUGGAAAAAAUACAGCUGGUCAGCUUCUCUUUGCGAGAAAAAGAUUCAUGGAAAGCAAUGGUGAUUUUUAGAUAAAGGGUCCUAACCCAAACAUAAACGGCUCUAUCUCUUUCAAAUGCUAAUCUAUUUGCUGUGACUGUGUAUCAUUUUGUACUCAUUUAAGAAGUAAUAGUGUCAUGGCUUUUCAUUCAGCAUGUUAACAUAGCAAAGGUGAAACUCGGAAUUUACAGCGGUUUUUUGUCAAAGCUGUGUGUUGUGCUGAAUUCUUGUCCUUGCACUAACACUGACAUUGUGGGGAUUUGAAGUAUGGGUUUCAGAGCAGUAACUUGUAUAAAUGUUUAACAAGUCAACAGCAUGUUCUUUCCUGAAUGAUGAUGGUGUGGAUUCUAGUUUAGUGCUUUAAAUGAAUAAGCAUUUGCACUACAACAGCUAGAUUAUUAUUUCUAUUUCAUGAUUUAUCAUUUGAUUCAACUUUGGGCACAAGGAGGCGUCUUCCCCUGCAUCUACCACCUGCACACUCCCCCAGCGAGUAAACUUCUCAGGAGAUGUUCCAAUGUAUUCUGGAUAAAUUUUGGGAAGCUCCCUCACUGUCAGUGGAAUUUUACCAGCAGGUCAAGAAGGCAGAGCCACAUUUUGCCUGGAACUUUCCUCCAGUGAUUUGAACAGACAGGAAAUUUACAUUUAGGCCAUUCUGCAAUGCUUGACCAGCUGUGAGGCAGUUCAUCAUUGAAAUCAAAUUGCAUGCUGCUCAAAAAGAAAGAAAAAUGUUUCCUGGGUUUGUACCUCAUUCAUUCAAAAAAAGUCAACUUUUUUUAAAAGAAAGAAGCUAUACAAUUAUGUCACAAACAACAAUCAUCCUUACAAAAUGUUGAUUUUAUAUGUUGAAUAUAAAUCGUUUAAUGCUGUAAAAAUAAUCUCAUUUUUUUCCCUUUUGGGAAUCUGUUUCCAGGAAUAUGUACCUGAUUUUCAAGUUCUUUUUUGAUACUGUUUUGCUUUGUUAUCUGGUCAGCAUUGUUUUCCAGAAGUACUAUAAAUGAAUGAGAUAAACUACGCUAAACAAUUUUUGACACAUCUGAAAGAUGUUCAUCUUGAUACAUAAUAAAGUAGAACUAGUGCAAACCAUAGUUAUGAGCGUAUUUAGUGCAAUAGACCGCUCUUCAAUGUUACCUUAAAAUUUGCAACCCUCCAUGUAUUUUUUUAAAUCUCCGUAUGGCCUUCACCAUCUCUAUCUAGCUUAUCUCUGUCAGUGUCACAAUAUUCCAAGAUGGCACUUCUCCAAUUCUGACCUCUUACAUACACCAGAUUUUCAUUGCUGUAUUUUUUUAUAGCCAUGCUUUCAUCUAUCUAAUCCCCAACCCAUGGAUUUCCAUUCUGUACUGGGUUGAAGGUGCUGUUUGAAUGUGAAUUGCUGUUAUAGUUCGUCUCUUGAAGGUUGAAGAAUGGGUAUCAGCCAAUUGGUUCAUUGCCGAACUAACUGUUGUUCACACAUGCCAACCUUUCUGAUUAACAUUGCGUUAAAUCCGAACCCAGUCCUUUCCACCAUCUGCCGUGUGCACAAGGUCCUUUUCAUUGUGGCUCAACCGAUGGAAAAUGGAAAGCAGGCAUAUUUCUCUUUCUGAAUCCCUGUUUUCCACUUCUACUUUAGAGAAUCUAAUUGUACAGCUUUUGCUGGACUUCAGUGGACCACUGUUGUUCAAUGUAUGCUGAGCAUUUUGCCACAAAGUGCAGCUAGGCACUGAGUAAGAGAGUAUCACCCCUGUUGAGAUUAUAAUAAUUGGCUCCAUUCUACAUCAGUGGGGAGAAGACAGAUGUCCCAGCCUGUAGGAGCUGAUUUUCAGCCCUGUACAGUUCAACAGACCACUCCAAAAUAGCUUCACUCUUCUGCAGAUAGACAUAUUAAUCACGUCAUUCAUUGAUAUUUUCUAAUUCACCCAACAUUUCUAUCCCACUUGCUAUGCUGCUUUUCUAAGACUUCUCCUGUCAGGUUGGCCCAAUGGCUUUAUGAAUUUACAGCAAUUCUCAUUUUACCUGAAUUUUGGCAUUUUCCAGUUUUCAUUGAGUGUGAUGUCAAGCUGUUUCCUGGUGUGUUAAUUUUCAAUCUGAAAAAUAAUCUGGUUACCAGAUCAAAGCAAUGCACUUUUUUUCAAUUCACAAAUCAUUGCAGAAAGCCAAGUGAGCACAAAGUCAAUCUCAAGUCUAGUCCAGUGGUCCAGUGGACAUUGUGGGUAUUGUACACAAAAGGACUUCUUUUGUGAAAAACAAAACAAAAUGAAACGUGUUCAGCUUAUUUAGAAAUAAGGCAUUUUUGUAGGUAUAAUAAAUUUAAAUCUAAAACAUUAAAUAUUAAUAAUUUUCUAGAUUAAACAUUUCUUAUGAAUGUUAUGUGGAGGACUAAAAUGAAUUCCUACUAUAUAAUCAAAUAACUGUUACUAUAUAUGACACCAAAGAUUUUCAUAUUUAUUGUAACUAUUGAGUACCUCUACAAGUACUUUUGGGUGUGUACAGUUGCUGUUCCAGUUAUCGAUCUUUUCUAGCUUAUAUCCAUGUUCACUUCUUAAGUUGCCCAUUAAUAUUGGCAGUUGUAGCUCACCUUUAAUUGCCCUUGGAAAGUUGGUGGUGAGCCACACCCAAAGGCAGCAACAGUUCAAGGAGGCAGCUCACCAUCACUUUCACCAAGGCAAAUGGGGUUGGGCAAUGAAUUAUAAGACCAUAAGACACAGGAGCUGAAAUUAAGCCAAUCAGCCCAUCGAGUCUACUCCACCAUUCAAUCAUGGCUGACAAAAUUCUGGCCCAGCCAGUGAUGCCAUGCCCCAUGACUGAAAAACAACAAAAGUAAACUUCUCGAACAGCUGCUGACCAUCAUGUGUAGGUACACCUACAACACAGAUGACAAUCUAAUUUUUGGAUCUUGGUGAAGCUAGAAAAGGUUAAAAAUCAUGCUUUAAAUAUUCCCUUGUUAAUAAUUUGCCUUAACUCUUUAACCUAGGGAUUUACAUAACAGUUUCACUUUUGUUCCUUCCUCAUGGACAAGGGCCCACUUUGGAGACAUCUAACUUGGUUGCGAGGUAGUAUAUCUGAAUAUAUAAAAUUGGGCGAGUAUAGUAGGAUUUGGACCACUGAAUGCAAAAUGACAUAAUUGCUAAGACUUCACCUUCAGUUGAAUCUGCAUUUAACUAUAAUCUGACCUUGAAGUUCUACAGAACAGUGAGCUAUGAGACACAGAGCACAAAGAAAGGGGUUGUUUAAUGAUGAACAUGUGUGCUGGCAACUUCCAGAAGCAUUUGUGAAAUAGUCCAAAUCUUCUCAUGCUAUUUUCAGAAGCCUCCUCAAUAAUUGCUGGCCAGCUCCUAGAAAGUAAAUAACAGACAGAGCUAUGGCCUAUGGUGAAAGUUGUCACUCAUGACCCAAAGUUAACACUUUGUACAUCAACUUUGUUGAUCGCUGUAUGAAAGGAGACAUACCAAACUGUUUAAAGGUACAUGUUACUGUACCUGUGGGAUCUAGUUUAGACAAGUGACCAAGACAUCUAAAGGGCCAUUGAAAUUUUUUGUAUAAAAUGUUAUGGUAAUCAACCACCUUGAAGUAGCUGCUGAUAGGAAUUGGGCAGAAAUGCAACCCAAAUAAAUUCAUGUAUAUGUGUGAAAAUAAAUGAAAUCAUUAGCUCUGGCCCUACAAUGAGAUGGCAAACCAGUUUUCACAGAGUCCUGGCACCAGCAAUUUCUGCCACUGCAGGACAGGCUGUGGAUAGCAUCCUACACCAAUUCAGCUGGCUACAGUGCAGGGGAAGGGAAUUCACCUCCAUUGCCCUACAAUUUUUGUGGAGUUGAGUCACCGUCCCAAGGGCACAUGAUCACAGCCCUUCAGAGGAAUGAACCAUUGUCAGGAUUUAGGAGCCAAUUAAGAGAGUUGUAACACAGUACAGUAAAGCUCAUUUUGAUACAAUAAAGGCUUUGUUCAAUUGACACUUUUAUAGGAUUAUAAGAACAAUAACUGAUUUCAAAGCAGUUUUUAAAAUAUGUUUCAAGAUUUACUAUUGUUAUAUGGCUCACUGGUUCUAUAGUGAGUAUAUGGUGAGUAAGCAUGGAGGAUGGGGUUUGUGGAUGAAGGGUGGGCAUCCAGGUCCCUCAUGUCUGAACUAAAACAAUGCAUGCAAGCACAAUUUCUACGGAAACAGGUCUCCUCAGUCAGGAAUGUUGCCCACUUCAGGAUCCUUCCUCAAUGGCAAAGACAUUGCCUAUCAUCUUUCCUUUCAGAAGUUUUGGCAAAUAUUGUUGGGGCAUUUGCUCAGAGUGGCAUGAAAAGUUUGUUUUCAAGUUUCUAAAUAAACGCAUAUUGAGGACAGAAAUUGCUUGCUUCCAAAUACAUUGCUUAGUUUCUAAAGAGCCCAAAGAAUAUUGGUGAUUUGAUUUGAGACCAUUAUUUCAAUGUUUUUAUAAUACCAAAUGUUUUAUGUUAACACUAAUUUGAAUUUCAUUUUCUUGUGAGAUUGCUCUCAUUUGAGGAAUACUGGUCUGUGUGGUUUGGAAAAAAAUGGGGAAGGGGGGGUAUUGCUGCCUGAGGUUAAAGAGUUAAAGCACUUUCAAAACACUGUACGAAGAGAUUUAUAAUGAUUUCUCCAUUUUCUGUUUGAAUUUUGUUUUUUUUUUAGUUUUUCUCCUGUUAUGACUAAAAUAUUUGAACAUUUAAAACUAAGCCACCAUUUUCUGUAAUUUGUUUUGAUUAUGAAAUCAAUAAAAUGCUUCAAAACCUUAUUUACUUCUUUCCUUGGUCUAUUUACAAUAUGUCCUACAAUUUUCCUUGGAUAUCAACAUACUACAUAGUCCUGCAAAGCAGGUCCAGAUUGUAAGGGUGGAGAAUGUUGUGGCAGUUCUGUUGCCCUAUUGUAAACGAUCCAAGUGCAUUAAUACUUGUGUGAUGAAUGUAACCCACUUAUGCCAAGUACAUUGUAUUGAAAUUGGAAUUGAGUUUUAGGGAUGUAGAUAGGGUACAAUUCAGUGGUGUAAUGAAUAAAAUGUGGCA